CAACAGGAAAUCUGGGGAGAAAAAAAAAAAAAGGGAAAAAAACCCCCAAAAACACUAUCCAUCCGGGACUUUCCGUUCCCUCCUAACCAGACGAGCUCAUUCAUCGGAAUGCCAACGUAAUCAAAACAUCAGGCUAAGGACUAGAGACGUGGAAGACGAGGAGAGAAAAUCCAGGCCACGACGAGCAACUGAAAAAUGAAAAUGAGGUGUCCCACAAACGUCGCUGUCGAAGAUCUUUACCCUGAGAAGCACGAGCCCCUUCACGUUAAACAGGAGUCAGAGAUGCCGUACAUUAAACCGGAGGCGCAGCCAGAGACCACCGACAUUAAAGAAGAACAGGAAAAUGAAAUCCCCAAGUUUCCAGUGACCCUAAGUGUGAAGCACGAAGGAGAUGAAGUUCCAAGGGAAGAGGGCGCGGCAGCGAAACAUUCGAGCGACAGCUCAUUUCAGUACCUGUCAACAAAAGGAGAGAGACGAUCGCAACCGGACGGCCUGUUAGCUCCGCCCUCAGACAGCGACGACGUAACGUCACACUCCUCUGACUUUAACACUGAUGAGGAGGAUAAUGACUUUGACCAAAAUGCUUCAAAAUCCUUAAACAAGUCAUCAUUGAAAAAAGUCACAAAAGCGGUUGGGAAACAUUUUCCCUGCUCACUUUGUGAUAAAACAUAUUCUUGGAAACAUCACUUAAAAAGACACAUGCAUACGCACACUGGGGAGAAGCCAUUUGGCUGCACACUCUGUGGUAAAAGAUUCACCGACAAGGCAUAUUUAAAAGACCACACAACAACACACACUACAGAGAAGCCAUUUGACUGUUCACUGUGCGAUAAACGAUUUUGUACAAAGAAACUUUUAACAAGACACAUGCUUACACACGCUGGAGAAAAGCCUUUUCUCUGCUCAAUUUGUGGUAAAAAAUUCGCUCAUGAGACAAGUUUAAAAACACACACAAAAUUGCACACUGGAGAGAAGCCUUUCACCUGCUCAAUUUGUGGGAAACGAUUUGCUCAGAAGGGAACUUUAAAGAAACACACAAAGACACAUACUGGAGAGAAGCCUUUUGUUUGCACAUAUUGUGGUGAACGAUUCGCUGACAAGGGAAAUUUAAAUCAACACACAAUCACACACACUGGAGAAAAGUCCUUCCCCUGCUCGGUUUGCCAUAAAAGAUUCUCUCGGAAAGAAAUACUCAACUAUCACACUAAAACACAUACCGGAGAGAAGAAUUUUGCCUGCUCACUUUGUGAUAAAAGAUGCUUCACGAAGGCCGAUUUAAACACUCACACAAGAACACACAAUAAGCCUUUUACCUGCUCUCUUUGCUAUAAAAGAUUUGGUCGUAAGCAACAGUUAACUACACACAUGCACACCCACACCGGGGAGAGGCCGUUCGGCUGCACACUUUGUGGUAAAAGAUUCACCGGCAGGGCGUAUUUGAAAGAACACUCAAAAACACACAUUCGAGAGAAGUCUUUUGACUGCUCACUUUGCGAUAAACGAUUUUGUACAAAGAAACUUUUAACAAGACACAUACGCGCACAUGCUGGAGAAAAACCUUUUCUCUGCUCAAUUUGUGGUCAAAGAUUCGCUCAGAAGGUAAGUUUAAACGAACACACAACGACACAUACUGGAGAGAAUUUUGCCUGCUCACUUUGUGAUAAAAGAUGCUUCACAAAGGCAGAUUUAAACAUUCAUACAAGAACACACAAGGGAGAGAAGCCUUUUGCCUGCUCACUUUGCCAUAAAAGAUUUGGUCGUAAGCAAGCGUUAACAACACACACACGUACACACACUGGGGAGAAGCCUUUUCCUUGCACGUUUUGUGGUAAAGGAUUCACCCAGAAGGUACAAUUAAUCCAUCACACAAGUGCACACACUGGGGAAAAACCUUUUGCCUGCUCAUUUUGCGAUAAAAGGUUUUGUACGAAGAAUCAUUUAACAAGACACACGCGUACACACACGGGAGAAAAGUCUUUUGUCUGCACAACUUGUGGUAAACCAUUCGCUGAGAAGGGAAGUUUAACCAAACACACAAUGACACAUACCGGAGAGAAGCCUUUUGUCUGCACAUAUUGUGGUGAACGUUUCGCUGAUAAGGGAAAUUUAAACAAGCACACAAUCACACACACUGGAGAAAAGCCUUUUCCCUGCUCGGUUUGCCAUAAAAGAUUCUCUCGUAAAGAAAUACUAAACUAUCACACUAAAACACACACUGGAGAGAAGCCUUUUGCCUGCUCACUUUGUGAUAAAAGAUAUUUCACGAAAGCAGAUUUAAACACUCACACAAGAACACACAAUGGAGAGAAGCCUUUUGCCUGCUCUCUUUGCGGUAAAAGAUUUUGUAUGAAGACUGAUUUAAAAAGGCAUAGGCGUACACACACUGGAGAAAAGCCUUUUUUCUGCACAUUUUGUGGUAAAGGAUUUGCUCUGAAGGGAAAUUUAAAAAUACACACAAGAACACACACGGGAGAGAAGCCUUUCGUCUGCUCUCUUUGCGAUAAAAGAUUUUGUACGAAGAAUCAUUUAACGACGCACACGCAUACACACACUGGGGAAAAGCCUUUUCUCUGCACACUUUGUGGUAGAGGAUUCAAAUGGAAAGUUGACUUAAUCAGGCAUGCAAAAAGACACACUGGAGAGAAGCCUUUUCCUUGCUCAGUUUGUGGUAAAAGAUUCACUGUGAAGGGAGAAUUAAACAAGCACGCAAGAACACACACCUAAUUUACUUACGGCCUAUUGCUUGUCACAGUUUGGCUUCUGAUUGACGCUUCCCUUCUUUUUGUUGUUUGUCCAAUUUCCAAACUUUAUCUGACUAGUUUCAGGUAAGAUUUCUUUUUUUCAUCUUGUGCAUUGUAAGAAUUUGAAAUUGUCUUCGAUGUAGAAUUACUGGACCGUUUUAAUAUUACUAUCAAAUAUUGUUAUCACCUGGCUGACUUCCUUUAUCGUAAACUGUUUUUAGAGCUCUGUUCUAUAAAUAUGAGUUGUAUAUACCAGUGCUCUUUGCGUUGCAUUAAUUUACUUAUUUGGAUGACUAUGGUAUUGUGCUUACAAUAAAUUAUAAUAACAAUACUGUGAUCCCUCGUUUUACGCGGUUAAUGGGGACCUGCCGCGAUAGCUGAAAAACCGAGAGGAGUCUGGCUGCAGCCCGCCUCUCUCAGUACCCUGCGCCGCUCUUCUCAGUACCCAUCCCGCAGACAGGAAAUGACGCAACACCGCAGCUCUCAGUCCCCUCAGACCGGAAAUGUCGUCAACCCUUGCGACGAAAACAAGUUACGUUAUUUCACCUCUCGCGAAAAAAACACGUUUGAAUGUUGUCACAUGAUCCAAAUAGGACAAGCUGCAAGAUCACCACCCCAUUGGGAAGAAACUAAAUCACGACCCCCAAAUGGUAGUCUUCCCAUGCAGAUACAGGGAUGUCACACAGAUCCAAAUGGAA